UCAAGAAAAGCACGAAACGAUAUGCACUCGCGAACUUUGAAAUUCAGUUGCGUCUGUGGUUGCGUGCUCGCUGACGCAACAAAACGUCGCGUCAUAAUUGCCGUUUGUGCUUCAUUCUUCUUUCAAACAGAAACAAAGGUUUAUGUACGAAUAUAAAGAGAGAUAUUUCAUGCGGCCAACAAAAUCUGCAUUUUUCCCAAUGGACGAAUUGCCAGAUUGUCUUCUGCUUCGAAUUUUCACGCAUUUGAACAUGACGGAUCUGGGCCGAGCGUCCAGAGUCUGUCGUAAAUGGAAGCGUAUUACCUACGACCCAAGUAUCUGGCGUUCCGUAAAUUUGGAAAGACAUGCACGGGCAAUGGACGAUAAAUCCUUCCAAUUGAUGGUAAAAUCAAGACUAGGACCGUCUCUUAGGCACUUAAAUUUAUCGAACUGUGCCGUGACAAGUAAAAUGCUCCGGCAGUUGGCGAAAACUUGCAAGAGCCUGCACAGUGUUAUUUUUGGAAAGGGCUCGAAACUGGUUAACUCCGGUAACGACGAGGUGAUCUUCCCGCCAAAUUUAGAACUGUUAGAGCUACGACCUGCCCGGGGUGACUUUUCAUUUCUAAAACGAAUUCCGCGGCAUUUUACGAAGCUAAAGUAUUUGGGAAUUGGCAGCCACUCUUCGAAAGGUCCUGUGCCAAGAAUGUUUGUCAAAAUGCAAAAUUUGACUAUACUAGACUGUACAAACUGUGAAGUUAUGAAGGACGAACACGUGCAAACCAUCUCCAUGUGCUGUCCAAAAUUAGAGUCCUUUUGCCUGAACGGUUGCAAGAAUAUUUACGGCACAACAUUUGAGGAAUUGCUGCGACGAUGCACAAAGCUGACGACAUUGUUGCUACGCUACACGCCUAUACGUGAUAGUUGCUUCGACACAGAGUUAUGGUCGCAAACCAGUCUGGAGGAAAUAGACAUCUCAGCCUGCACACACCUUACACGCACAGGUCUGAUUCGGCUGCUGACGCAGAUCAAAACAUUCCGUUACCUCAACUUAUCCUACUGUGGUAUCGGGCGAGCCGUAACCGACAGCGUUCUAAUCGCGAUGACAAGCUAUGGUUCUAGUGCAAAAAUCGAAAUGUUGGAUAUUAGAUGGAGUAUGAACAUCACCCCUCAGGUUCUGCGAGAAUUCCUUAAAAGCUGCCCGAAACUCAAAUGUCUUGGAAUCUAUCAGUCAUCACAUAUCAACUGCAACGCAAUGGCAGAACUCUUGGACUGCGUACCGAAGCUGGAAAUUCUAGAGUUCGGCGCGUUUGGCAAAGCGUCGAUUUCCGAGAGUUUCUUGUUCCCAAAUCUGGUUCAGCAUUGUCCUCAUCUGAAGGCGCUGUCCCUCAUCAAUUUUCUAUCUUUAAAUCCCUAUACGGAUGGGCAACUUUUCGGUCGUUUGCUGAAUGGAUGUUCAAGGCUGGAGCGUAUAAACCUGUGCGAGCCUGAUCCUACUCUGACGUCACUCAUCGGAAGUAUUCGUGUGACGACGACGGCGAAGAUUACGCAACGAUGGCAGUGUGUGUUGCCAGCGCCCGAUGUCACCCUUGACGCGGUCAUGAAUGAAUUUAGUUACCUGUUGUGA